CAACGCUUCAUCCAUAGCGUGGCCCAUUGUAGAAACGGUUUGGAUUAUCUAAACAUGAAUUCAACGGCUGUUGGUCAUUUCCUUUAACAAAAGAAACCCCACGGAAAAGAAAGGAAGAAAGAAAAUGAUUCCUUUUCUUCUUCUUCUCUGCAAUCCAAGACACACCAAACCCAUAGCUUCUGCGGAGCAAGAAAUGGAGGAGAAAAUCAUUGCUCUUUCUUUAUUUGUUUGUCAUCUCUCCUUCCCAUUUUGAUCUGUAAUCCAAGCUUUGAGCAUGCUAGGCUUUUGUCCAUAUCAGGAUUGAAACUGCAUUAUUUUGGUCGCCUGAUCCAGUUUUCUUCCAAAAGAAUUGAUUUGAUGUGUUUGUCAAAGGUUUCACAGCUUGGGUUUGUUAAUAUUUCUCCAGACUAGCCAUCCUUGUAGCAGUUUAAGAAAACCAGAAAGAAGAAAAGCAAUGGCUGUUGAAGCAAAGCAGAUUGGAAUUUAUAUCAAGAAAGGCGUGAUCAUUUCCGUCAGGAUUUGUUAUAGAUUUGUUCGUGAUUAUCCCGCUGUUUUAGGUGUGGUGUUGUUCUCUGUUUUGUUGUAUAGACUCUUUCCUUCCCUGUUUGGUUUGUUGGUUUCUUCUUCGCCUGUCAUCUUCUGCACCGCUGUUCUUCUCGGAACCCUUUUGAGUUUUGGGCAACCGAAUAUCCCUGAAAUCGAAGAAGAGGAGAAGCAAACUCACGACAUCUCUUCUUUGAAAGCUGGGGGUGUUGGUGAUGAUCUUGUUGUUGAGAAAGACGAGAGCUUUGCUGUGGAAACCCAUGUUGAAAGGAGAAGAGAAGCUGGUUUGGAUGAAAGCGUGAUUUCUUCAACGGCACAUGAGGCGGAGAAGGAGAAUGAUGCGGAUUCGAUCAGUAGGAGUGUUGUGAUCGAGGGUGAUGAGAAAGUACUUCAUGGUGAGAGUAAUAAAGCAGUUGAAGAGGGAGAAUACCAUGAUCAUGGAUUCAUUGAGAAGAGAGAGUUUCAUGAGGUUGGAGAGGAGGGUGAGGGUCAUCCUACAGAUGAUAGAAAGAAGGAAAUUGUGGGUCCUGAAGCAGAGGGCGAUGUGGUUGUUGGUGGAACUCUUGAUGCCCAUUUGGAUGGCCAUGAUGACAUGUCAUCUGAUUCUGAUUCCGAUUGCGCAGAGAGUUCUUCGCCUGAUGCUUCCAUGGCCGAUGUCAUGCCGAUGCUUGAUGAGCUUCACCCACUGUUAGGCUCCGAAGCACCUCAACCCGUUCUCAUAUCACUCGAUGACUCUGAUUCUGAAUCUGACGAUGGCAGUGUUGAGCUGGUAGGUGAUGCCCAAAACCCAGAUGAAGCGCGUGAGGAUCAGAAGGAUGGAAGUGAAGCUGUGGUCACAUGGACAAAGGAUGACGAGAAGAAUCUUAUGGAUCUUGGAACAUCUGAGCUUGAAAGGAAUCAAAGGCUGGAGAAUUUGAUUGCGAAACGGAUUGCACGGAAGAAUCGGAUAGCCGAGGCUUGGAAGAGGAAUCUGAUAGACUUAGAAAUCAAUGAUUCUUCACAGAUCAAUUUUCCAAUUAGCGAGGAAAUGUCGCGCAUCCCAAUUCAAGUACCAUCCCUUUCUACGGCGAGGCGCAACCCUUUCGAUCCUCCAUAUGGUUCGGAUGAAUUUGCAGGACUGCCGCCUAUACCCGGAUCAGCUCCGUCGGUUCUGUUACCGAGAAGGAAUCCUUUCGAUCUUCCUUUCGACCAAGCUCAUGAAUCAACAAGCAAUCUGAUGGCGGAGAACUCGAGCCAUAACGAGUUCAUGGCACUUCAGCAGCGGGAAAUGUACUCCCGAAGGCAUGAAACUUCUACUUUGGGGGCAUCAUUUCCGGGUGAGAUAAUGCAAGAGAGGCAUGAAAGUAGACUGCGGCAGUAUUUUGUAGCAGAGCGGGCUUCAUCAGGUGAGAUGGAUUUUGCUCCGAUUCAGAGACAAUGGAGCGAGAAGAGUGAUUCUAAAGUGAGUUCUGCUCCUGAAACCGAUAUGGUUUCUUCAGUUGUAGAGCAGGAAGUUCAGAAAGAGCUUCUUGCAGAACAAAUACUUCAAGAAGCUGGAUUGAUUUCUCUCGCAGGCCCUGCUAUCGAAGCUGUUGAAAGAGAAAGCAAAUCCUCCAAAGAAGAAGAUUCUGUGGAAAUUGAUUCAAAUGUUUCUAACUUUGUCAGAGACACUCAAGAUGUUGACGCUUCCAAAGGGGUGGAGGAAGUUAGCUGUGAUAGGGAAACAAGCUUGCCGACUGAAGCUGUCGACACAGCAUCCAAGGCUUCACCUGUGGGGCCCAAUGCAGCUGAAGCAUUAGUGGACUCAGAGGUGGUGGAAGAGAACUACAGUGAGUCGAGCUCGUCUUCCUCAUCAGAAACAAGUGAAAAGAAUCUCGAAAUGAAUGCUGAUGAAGAGUCAGAUAAUCUCGAUCAAACAGGGAUUGCUUCUCCAAAACAAUCACACAAAUCCAUGCAAGAAACUCAUGUCUAUGGCACCCAGUUUAAACGACCGGUUUAUGAUGCUAGCCCGUUGGCUAUCAGGAAAUCCGAUUCUAACUUGGCUGCAAUUGCUGAAAUCUUGUUUCAUGUGGACAAAGAGAUUUUCAAUGCUGCUGCUGCUGCAGCUUCAGACACGCAAGUUGAGAUAUUAGAAGGGGGUUUGCCUUCAACGACGAUUGGACAAAGCAUUUCGACCGGCAAUGGAGAGGUGGGAAAUGAAAUAGCAUCCAGCAGCGAAACAAGGUGGGUAGAAGCACCGAGCUUAUCUGUGGUAGAUGAAAAAGAAUCAAGAUCGAGGGAAGUUGCUGAAGUCAGUGAAUGGGAAAUUGUCCAAGUUGGGUUUUCUGGGGUCGUCCAAAAUCAUGAUGAUUCCAUGGAACCACUUGAGAUAACGGAAUCAGAGAUCAAGGAAGUUUCUCAAGGCUCGAAUUCAUUGGCAUCAGAUGUCAUAAUGGCGGAGGUUGCUGCGAUGGCUGACUCAAAUCAUCGAUCAGAAGAGGCUCAAAUCACAUCUAGUUCCGAUCAAGAGGCCCAUGUUGAGCGACCCCAGGUUGAUGUGGUUGAGAAGACGGAUGCUGUGACUGCUACUUCAGACGGGUUGCUGUUAGCUGGCAUUUCGACUUCCCUUGCAUCUCAGCCUUUAAGGGAGGAAACAGCAGUGGAACCAUCUUCUGAAGGCCAUCACAAAGAAUCCAAGGAUGACGACAGCAAUCCAAACGAGCAGGUCCAUGAGCCUGAGGACAGCAUCCACUCGAAGGUCUCUCCUUCAAUACCUGCUCCUGACGGUGAUGAUUCAACAGUCUUGCAUUUACUGGAACAAAAAAGCAUUGAAUCUUCAAGAGAUUUCGAGAUGAAGUCAGAAGAGCUUAUCACAUGUGAGAGACCUGUCAUAGAUGAAGAUGAUGAAGCGGGUGGAAUCAAAGGGAUUGAUGAAGAGCUGCUGUUGGAAUUGGAUGCCGUUGGCGACUUCAGCAUUCAAGAACCAAAAUCAAAUGCUAUCGAAACUGAAAAGCAGCUGGAACCAGAUGCAGAUUUCAUAACAGAUUCUCCGGUUGAUGUGGGGAUUCGAGAGAGCCUCCCCCAGCUGCAAAUUCUUCAAGAUGAAUUUGUUGAAGGUGUUGGUAUUGAAGGAAGCCUUGAAAGAUCGACAGAGCUUCAGUCAGCUGUGGACCAGCCAAAACCUGAAGUUGGGUACACCCAGUUUGAAUCGUUUGAUCGAGAUCUGGAGCUGAAGGAGCAUAGUUUGGAGCUGCGAGUUCUUGAAGCGAAGUGGCUUGCAGAUAUCGAUUUGGCUUUUAAGCAGGUCCACGAAGGGGAAGUUGAGAAGUCUGUUCUUGAAUCCUUCAUGGACAGGCCAAUAACAAUGGACACUGAAGUGGGGUCCGCCAAAAUCGAGCUGGCAAAGGGAGAUGCAGAUGUGAUGGAGACUGGGUCCGAGCUGCAAGUUCUUGAAGCAAGGUCUCUUGAAGAUAUUGAUUUGGCUUUUAAGCAGCUUCAUGAGGAGGUUCAUGAAAAAUCAGUCAUCAACGAGCCACAGCUGGUGGAAUCUGAAAUUGGGUCAUCUGGGUCCUUGCCAGAUGAUAAACAUUCGGAUCCAACAAAGCUGGUAGUGAUGGACAGUGAACUGGGGUCCACUGAAAUCAAGAUGGCAAAGGUAGAUGCAGAUCUGAUAGAGACUGGUUCUGAGCUGCAAGUUCUUGAAGCCAGCUCUCUUGAAGAUAUCGAUUCGGCUUUCAAGCGAAUUCAUGAAGGGGUCCGUGAGAAAUCAGUUGUCAGUGAGCCACAGCUGGUGGAGUCAGUAAUUGGGUCAUCUGCAUCCUCGCCAGAUGACAAACAUCUGGAUCCACCAAAGCUGGUGGUGAUGGACACCAAAGUGGGGUCCACCGAAAUCCAACUGGAAAAGGGUGAUGCAGAUCUGAUAGCGACCGGUUCUGAGCUGCAAGUUCUUGAAGCAAGGUCUCUUGAAGAUAUCGAUUCAGCUUUUAAACAACUCCCUGAGGGGGUUCAUGAGAAAUCUGUUGUCAAGGGGCCCCAGCUGGUGGAAUCUGAAAAUGGGUCGUCUGUAUCCUUGCUAGAUGAGAAACAUCCAGAUUCACCAAAGCUGGUGGUGAUGGAUGCUGAUGUGGGGCCCACUGAAAUAGAACUGGCAAAAGGAGAUGCAGAUCUGGUGGAGACCAGUUCCAAGGGGGUUCAUGAGAAAUCUGUUGUCACUGAGCCCCAGCUGGCAGAAUCUGAAAUUGGGUCGUCUGUAUCCUUGCUAGAUGUGAAACAUCCAGAUUCACCAAAGCUGGUGGUGAUGGAUGCUGACAUGGGGCGCACUGAAAUAGAACCGGCAAAGGGAAAUGCAGAUCUGGUAGAGACCAGUUCUGACCUGCAAGUUCUUGAAGCAAGGUCUCUUGAAGAUAUCGAUUCGGCUUUUAAGCAACUCCAUGAGCGAGAUCUUGAGAAAUCAACCUUCAAUGGGCCCCCAUUGGUGGAAUCUGAAAUUGGGUCAUCUGUAUCCACACUAGAUGACGAGCAUCGGGAGCCGAUAGAGAUACAUUCAGAUGUUCAAGUGCUUGAAGCGAGGUCUCUUGAAGACAUUAAUGCUGCUUUGAAGCAAGCCUCGGAAGAGAAUGUUGAGAACCAGCCAAAACCGUUAGAGACUGAGGCAACAGAAAGACAUGUAGAGCCUGUAUUUCUCUCGCAGCCUGCCGAAGUGCUCCAAACUGAUCUCCAGGAGUCUGUGGCAGGAGAAACCAGCACAAGUACAGAAGAAUCAAGUGCUGGAAAAUCAAAUGGAGUCAAAGAAGUAUCUGAAGGCUUGAGCCCCAGUGCAGUGGCUUUGAAGGAAAAAAGCAAGAAAAAAUCUUCGGGUAAAUCUGGCUCAAGCUCGAGCUCGAGUUCAAGCUCCAGCGACUCUGAUUGACAGUGGGAUUACUUGAAAAAAAAAAGGUGUUUGGUUGUGAUUUUUUUGAGAAAUGUGAAGGCUGCUCAUGGUAGUAGGAUUUUGGGUCCUAGCCUCCCCAUGUGUACAUGUGUGAAGCAUCCUGACCUGUUCAACAGGUGGGCUCCACGGAAGAAAUUAAUGGUGGAAAAGAUGUGUGGCCCACGUGGUUCCCGACCUGAUUUUCAGGUCAUGGAACGUAUGUGGUGGUACUGACCUGAUGGACGGCCUGGAUCUUGCGCACACAUUGGCAUGUGGUAGGAGAGUAGGGAGUCUCAAAAUAUCCUAUGCUUGCAAGUGAGCCUUAGCAGAUCUGUUUCUUUUAGUGACUGUUUCUUUGACAGAUUUGUUGGUUUGCCAGUUUCUGCUACUGGUUAUGAUUUUGGGUAGUGGUAGUUUGGGUUGUUUGGGAUUCUUGUUUUUUGAGUAGAUUGAUAUCGGAUUUGAAUGCUUCAGGGAUAGGAUUUUGCUUGGUUCCUUGAAGUGUUUGGGUUCUUUUGAUAUUGUGAAAGUUUUUGAGUUUUUGAGGUUUUCUAUGAGAAUUAGGCUGUUUUUCAUGUGCAGAUUGUAAAUUAUAUCUAUUGCAAUGAAAUGCGUUUGCUAGUUGGUGAUUUUUA